AUGAAGUUCUUCUUUGCUGUUCUGCUUGCUGCCUCUAUGAUAUUCGUCGAUGCUUUUCCAGCCGAGCAUAGUGAGAAUGAACACCAUGACCACAAGAAGCAAGAAGGACACGGAGACCACGCUCAUGGACAUCAUGAAUCCCAAAAAUCCCAUGAACACCAUGAGAACCAUGAUCACCAAGGUAAACAUAAAUCAUAUAAAAAGCCUGGACACAAAAAAGAUGGAGAAAAACAUAAAAAAGAUAUGGUUCAUCACCAUGAGCAUAAAAAUCAUGAACACCAUGGACAUGCUGGACAUACUAAUAAGUCUGCACCAGCUGGAUCACCUACUCAAACUGGAUUCGCUAGACCAAGCGUAACCGUACCAAAUGGAAUUCCUGCAGGAGGACAGUACGGUAACGGAUACGGAAGAAGUUCACCCUUAGGACAAGGUCAACAAUCUUUAUCACCCACCCAAUUCGGAACGGCUUCAGCAGUUGGAACACAACCAGCUGGAACGGCGGCCCAAAAUCAAGCACUUUUAAAUCAAGCACUUUUAAAUCAAUCACGAUCUGGAAUGGCAGGACCAUCGGGAGCACAAGGAGCACAAGGUCUAAAUCCUGGACUUGGUCAAUCACAAACACAAGGUCUAAAUUAUCCACUAGGUCAAAGUCAAACACAAGGUCUAAAUUCUGGUCUAGGUCUAAAUUCGCAAGCUCAAAGUUCCGGACUAGGUUCCAAUGCUGCGCAAGUUCCAAGCUCUGGACUAGGUAUAAAUUCUGCGCGAGUUCAAAGUUCUGGACUAGGUUCUGCACUAGGUCCUGCACAAACUCAAUUUUCUGGACAAGUUCAAAAUGCUGCGCAAGCUCAAAGGCCAGGAUUAGGGGCUGGAGGAGCCUGGUAA